AUUAGCUUGACCCUGUCAAGAGUGACGCAAGUAGCCGCAUUUCUUGGCAUUAGUAUCUUCUAGGGGCCAGUUCCUGGAUUUUGCACCACCAUCACGGCUCUCGCGGCACCUACAUAAUGUCUUGGUGCUGCCGCUGUGCCAUCAAGCAGACGAAGUAUGACGAUCCUGCAUUUCCCCACUAGCUGCCAUUGUACUGCGCCGGUUAUUCGUGAAAGUAUAUGAACCACAACCAUGUCGUCCACGGACCAGACCGGACUGCCAAAGCUUGGCAGUGUCCUCUAUCAGGCCUUUGUCGAGUUUCCUUAUAGUGCUUAUUCAGUUCCCCGAGUUCCUGAUCAGAAGAAACCCCUAGAGACCUCCGCGAUGGCACAGGUAGAUAUAGGUACUGCGGGCCUGACAAACUUUUCUCUCGACGAACCUCUGGCUCGCUUCUGCCAAUCAGAUGAUAGCGUCUCAGCACUUCUUGCGCAAGAUCCAACGUUGUCACCUGGCCAGGCAUGGAAGAAGUUAUCUCAUCAUUACAAGAACAAGUCCCAUGAGACGCAAGACAUUAGGGACAUCGGAAAAGGCGAAGUCACAGACGAGCAGCUCGAAUUGGCUUUCAGAUGUGGAAAAUGGGGCAAAACUCGGCCGAGCAGACUUUUUCUCAGACUCUAUCACGAUUCGCUAUGCACUUUGAAUGACAAUCCAGCGCAUGGUAUGGCUGACCCGUCAUUGUUGGGAAGCAGUGGUGUCGCGCCGCUUGCUAUACUUUCGGUCAUCCCGGACAUUGUGAGACACAUGUCGAACUUGAUCGUUAGGGCGGAGAAAGAAGUCAUACUUGCCACGAACUUUUGGCAGAACAGUGCUGCUUCCAAAUUUAUCACUGAUGCCAUGAAAGAAGCUUCUCGCCGUGCUGGCGAGCGGGGCACCAGGCUUGUCAUGAAGAUCAUCUACGACCGAGGAAGUCCCAGACAACUUUUUGAGCCGCACUAUAUCGUGUCGGAAAAGGAGUAUACGGGCAAAGCCGUCGGACUACCGCAUAAGCAUGAGAUUCCAAAUAUCGAUCUUGAGGUCAUGAACUACCAUGAUCCAAUGCUGGGCACAUUUCACGCAAAGUUCAUGAUUGUGGAUCGCAAGAUUGGCAUCGUACAGAGCAAUAACAUUCAAGACACCGAUAACAUGGAGAUGAUGGUCCACGUUGAGGGUGCAAUUGUGGAUGGACUCUAUGACAUGGCACUGUUAAGUUGGCACAAGAAGCUUGAUCCACCUCUGCCUAGUUACAGUACGCCGGCAGCUCAAGGUGGUCUAGGAAGCUUUACGCCCAGUUUCGAAUCGAUAUUCACUGCUCAGGGCACGCUGAAAGGCCACGGCGUUACAAUCGAUCCUUCCAGAAUUCAGCGGAGGGCUGCUCCUUAUGGCCUCGGAGCUGAUCAUAUAUUGUCGUCCAGCCAAGGUCCCUCUUCAACAGAGAACACUGUACCCGCGUUCUCCUCUGCUGGCAACGCUUCUGCUGUAAGCGGUGGCGAAAACGGCAACAACCACGGUUCAGGUAUUGUCUCAUCUACAGGUGCUACUGAUUUUGGGACUGAAGGAUAUCUCCGGACUGGCGAGCAGGCCGUGCCACCACAUCAGAUUAGCGAACCAGCAAAUGGAGCUUCGCUUCCUGAGCACAAUCAUGACGACCCACAUUACGACAUUGAUAUUGCCGGCGAAGUAGCACGGGUACAGGCAGCCGUCUCAGCUAAGCCUGGAGAGUCACAGAUGCAGGCUAUCACAAGACACCUCAACCACACCGUCAACAAGGGGUUCAAGGGCGAUGCGCCUGAAUGUGAUGCAGCGGAUGAGAUGACACCAUAUAUUCCUCAACCUACCCACGAACCUUUUCCUAUCGCGCUCGUCAACAGAUUUCCAUAUGGCCCACCAAACCAUAAGUCGGUGUCGAACCCCCAGAACGCCUCAUGGUUGUCAGCCUUUCGAAAUGCUGAGAAGAACGCCUUCAUCCAGACGCCAACGUUGAAUGCAGAGCCAUUGAUACCAGCUAUCAUUGAAGCGUGUGAGCGCGGAAUCGAUGUAUAUUGCUAUGUCUGCCUUGGCUACAACGAUGCGGGUGAACUUCUGCCAAUGCAAGGAGGCCACAAUGAGAUGAUCGCCGCACACCUUUACAAAUCUCUCUCGCUCGCGGCACGCCAACACUUGCACUACUUCUGGUAUGUAGGAAAGGAUCAGACGCGCCCGAUAAUUGCCGAACACAAGAAACGCUCUUGUCACGUUAAGCUCAUGAUCGUGGAUGAAAGCAUCGCUAUUGUUGGGUCUGGAAACCAAGAUACUCAGAGCUGGUUUCACAGUCAGGAGGUCAAUAUCAUGCUCGAGAGCCGCGAUGUGUGUACCAGUUGGAUUGAUGGGCUGAGGCGGAAUCAGAACACGCAUAGGUAUGGUGCAUUGAGCCAGGAGGAUGGGGUAUGGAGAGACCCCAGUGGGAAGGAAGCCGAGGGUGCGACGGGGGCAGACCCUGGACGAUUUAGCUGGGCUAAAGGUGUUGUGGGUGCGGUUCAGAGGUUGAAGGGUACGGGUGGGUUUUAACAAGUAUAAUAAGUAUUACGGGUUGGCGAAAAGGAUGGGAAUAAGGCGUUUCGUUAACGGAGUAUCCGGUAUUUGGAGCUUGUAAAUACACUUACUUGGUACUAUACUUCCUGAACAUUAAAGAAAGGCUUCAGCUUGACUCACAAUUUUUUUUUUGUAGAUCUUCGGCUACGUGGUUAUGCAGUUGUGACUACAUCAAAUUGGGAGCUGCUAAUUGGCCGGAAAUGGUGCAAUGUAAGCUUUUGUGAGUCACUAUAUGGAAACAUACCACCAGGUAUUCGUUCAGUC